AUGGAGGCGCCAGCGGGAGAGUCAUCGGCGCGGGGCUACGGCCCCCCGCCUGCGCCCGCGCCGGCCGCGGAGAGGAAGAAGAGCCACCGCGCGCCAUCGCCAGCCCGGCCCAAGGACGUGGCCGGCUGGUCUUUGGCCAAAGGCCGCCGCGGCACAGGCCCGGGCGCCGCUACAGCCUGUGGCGCCGCGUCCUCGGCGAGGCCCGACAAGAAGGGGCGCGCGGUGGCUCCCGGCACCCGGGGCGCGGGGCCGCGGGUGGCCGGGGUGCGCACGGGGGUCCGCGCCAAGGGCCGCCCUCGUCCGGGUACCGGGCCCCGCCCGCCGCCGCCGCCGCCCAGCCUCACGGACAGCAGCUCCGAGGUGUCGGACUGCGCGUCGGAGGAGGCGCGCCUGCUGGGCCUGGAGCUGGCGCUGAGCAGCGACGCCGAGUCUGCGGCGGGCGGCCCGGCGGGGACCCGCACCGGGCAGCCAUCCCAGCCCGCGCCGUCGGGGCAGCAGCCUCCGCGGCCACCCGCCUCGCCGGAUGAGCCGUCGGUGGCUGCAUCGUCGGUGGGCAGCAGCCGCUUGCCACUCAGCGCCUCGCUAGCCUUCUCCGACCUCACCGAGGAGAUGCUGGACUGUGGGCCCGGAGGCUUGGUACGGGAGCUGGAAGAGCUGCGUUCCGAGAACGACUAUCUCAAGGAUGAGAUCGAGGAGCUACGGGCUGAGAUGCUGGAGAUGCGGGAUGUCUACAUGGAGGAAGACGUGUACCAGCUGCAGGAGUUGCGGCAGCAGCUGGACCAAGCCAGCAAGACCUGUCGCAUCCUGCAGUACCGACUUCGGAAAGCUGAGCGCCGCAGCCUCCGCGCUGCCCAGACAGGCCAGGUUGAUGGAGAACUCAUCCGUGGUCUGGAACAGGACGUAAAGGUCUCUAAGGACAUCUCCAUGCGGCUUCACAAGGAGCUGGAGGUGGUGGAGAAGAAGCGGAUGAGGCUGGAGGAGGAGAACGAAGGGCUUCGACAGAGGCUCAUUGAGACAGAGCUGGCCAAGCAGGUGCUACAGACGGAGCUUGAUCGUCCCAGAGAGCAUUCCUUGAAGAAAAGAGGAACCCGGUCUCUAGGGAAGACAGAUAAGAAGCCUACUCCACAGGAGGAUAGUGCAGACCUGAAGUGCCAGCUGCAUUUUGCAAAGGAGGAGUCGGCCCUCAUGUGCAAGAAGCUCACCAAGUUGGCUAAGGAGAAUGACAGCAUGAAGGAGGAGCUGCUCAAGUACCGUUCUCUCUAUGGGGACCUGGAUGCAGCCCUGUCUGCUGAGGAGCUGGCAGAUGCUCCGCACUCCCGCGAGACUGAGCUGAAGGUGCACCUGAAGCUGGUGGAGGAGGAGGCCAACCUGCUGAGCCGGCGCAUCGUGGAGCUGGAGGUGGAGAACCGGGGCCUGCGAGCCGAGAUGGACGACAUGAAGGACCACGGGGGUGGCGGGGGUCCCGAGGCCAGGCUGGCCUUCUCUUCUCUGGGUGGUGAGUGCGGGGAGAGCCUAGCCGAGUUGCGGCGCCAUCUGCAGUUCGUGGAAGAGGAGGCUGAGCUGCUGAGGCGCUCCUCAGCCGAGUUGGAGGACCAGAACAAGUUGCUGCUGAACGAGCUGGCCAAAUACCGCUCGGAGCAUGAGCUGGACGUGACGCUGUCGGAGGACAGCUGCUCGGUGCUCAGCGAGCCGUCGCAGGAGGAGCUGGCAGCCGCUAAGCUGCAGAUCGGCGAGCUCAGCGGCAAGGUCAAGAAGCUUCAGUAUGAGAACCGCGUGCUCCUCUCCAACCUGCAGCGCUGUGACUUGGCCUCCUGCCAGAGCACACGCCCCAUGCUGGAGACGGAUGCUGAGGCUGGGGACUCCGCGCAGUGCGUGCCUGCCCCUCUGGGUGAGACGCUGGAGCCCCACGCCGGCCGGCUCUGCAGGGCCCGUGAGGCCGAGGUGCUGCCCGGCCUACGGGAGCAGGCCGCUUUGGUGAGCAAGGCCAUCGACGUCUUGGUGGCUGAUGCCAAUGGCUUCUCAGUCGGCCUCCGCCUGUGCCUGGACAAUGAGUGCGCUGACUUGCGAUUGCACGAGGCGCCUGACAACAGCGAGGGCCCCAGGGAUGCCAAGCUUAUCCAUGCCAUCCUGGUGCGUCUGAGUGUGCUGCAACAGGAACUGAACGCCUUCACCCGCAAGGCAGAUGUGGUCUUGGGGAGCUCUGGCAAGGAGCAGCCCGAGCCCUUUCCUGCUCUGCCCACCUUGGGCUCCCAGGGGCCUGCUAAGGAGAUCAUGCUGUCCAAAGACCUCGGCUCUGACUUCCAGCCUCCUGACUUCAGAGACCUGCUGGAGUGGGAGCCUAGGAUCCGAGAGGCCUUCCGUGCUGGUGACUUGGAGUCCAAGCCUGACCCUAGUCGGAACUUCAGGCCUUACCGAGCUGAGGAUAACGAUUCCUAUGCCUCUGAGAUCAAGGAGCUUCAGCUGGUCCUGGCCGAGGCCCACGACAGCCUCCGGGGCUUGCAAGAGCAGCUGUCCCAGGAGCGGCAGCUCCGCAAGGAGGAGGCUGACAGUUUCAACCAGAAAAUGGUCCAGCUGAAAGAAGACCAGCAGAGGGCGCUGCUGAGACGGGAGUUUGAGCUGCAGAGUCUGAGCCUCCAGCGGCGACUGGAGCAGAAGUUCUGGAGCCAGGAGAAGAACAUCCUGGUUCAGGAGUCCCAGCAGUUCAAGCACAACUUCCUGCUGCUCUUCAUGAAGCUCCGGUGGUUCCUGAAGCGCUGGCGGCAGGGCAAGGUUCUGCCCAGCGAGGAGGAUGACUUCCUGGAGGUGAACAGCAUGAAGGAACUGUACCUGCUGAUGGAGGAAGAGGAGAUGAAUGCCCAGCACUCGGAUAACAAGGCCUGCACAGGGGACAGCUGGACCCAGAACACGCCUAAUGAGUACAUCAAGACCCUGGCUGACAUGAAGGUCACAUUGAAGGAGCUAUGCUGGCUGCUCCGGGACGAGCGUCGGGGUCUGACCGAGCUUCAGCAGCAGUUUGCAAAGGCCAAGGCCGCCUGGGAGACAGAACGGGCGGAGCUCAAGGGCCAUGCUUCACAGAUGGAGCUGAAGACUGGGAAGGGUGCCAGCGAGAGGCCCGGGCCCGACUGGAAGGCUGCACUGCAGAGAGAGCGGGAAGAGCAGCAGCACCUCCUGGCAGAGUCCUACAGUGCUGUCAUGGAGCUGACAAGGCAGCUGCAGAUGAGUGAGCGCCACUGGAGCCAGGAGAAGCUGCAGCUGGUGGAGCGGCUGCAGGGAGAGAAGCAACAGGUGGAGCAGCAGGUGAAGGAGCUGCAGAACCGCCUCAGUCAGCUGCAGAAGGCUGCUGAGCCCUGGGUCCUGAAGCACUCAGACCUGGAGAAGCAAGACAACAGCUGGAAAGAGGCACGAAGUGAGAAGACCCACGACAAGGAGGGCGUUUCCGAAGCUGAGCUUGGGGGAACCGGCUUAAAGAGGACCAAAUCAGUCUCCUCCAUGUCUGAGUUUGAAAGUUUGCUCGACUGUUCCCCCUACCUUGCUGGCGGAGAUGCCCGGACCAAGAAGCUGCCCAACAGCCCUGCUUUUGCCUUUGUGAGUACUGAGCCAGUGGAGCCUGAGAAAGAUGCCAAGGAAAAGCCCGGGCUUUCCACCCGGGACUGUAGCCACACUGGUAGCCUGGCCUGUCAGGAGCCUGCCGGGAGACAGAUGCAGCGUAGCUACACGGCUCCAGACAAGACUGGAAUACGAGUCUACUAUAGUCCCCCAGUGGCCCGGCGCCUGGGCGUCCCUGUGGUCCAUGACAAGGAGGGCAAGAUCCUCAUUGAGCCAGGCUUCCUCUUCACCACAGCCAAGCCCAAGGAGUCAGCCGAGGCUGACGGGCUGGCUGAGAGCUCCUACAGCCGGUGGCUUUGCAAUUUCUCUCGGCAGCGGCUGGACGGAGGGUCUGGAGCCAGCGCCUCAGGCUCUGGCCCUGCUUUCCCCGCAGCCUUGCACGACUUUGAGAUGUCAGGCAAUAUGAGUGAUGACAUGAAGGAGAUCACCAACUGCGUGCGGCAGGCCAUGCGCUCCGGCUCCCUGGAGAGGAAGGUAAAGAGCACGUCCAGCCAGACAGUAGGUCUGGCCACUGUGGGCACCCAGACCAUUCGGACGGUCAGUGUAGGCCUGCAGACCGACCCACCCCGCAGCAGCCUCCAUAGCAAGAGCUGGUCCCCCCGAAGCUCCUCACUUGUGUCGGUGCGAAGCAAGCAGAUCUCUUCCUCCCUGGACAAGGUCCAUUCUCGCAUUGAGCGGCCAUGUUGCUCGCCCAAGUAUGGCUCACCCAAGCUCCAGAGGCGAUCAGUGUCCAAGCUGGACAGCACCAAGGACCGCAGCCUGUGGAACCUGCACCAGGGCAAGCAGAAUGGCUCGGCCUGGGCUCGCUCCACCACCACACGGGAUAGCCCAGUACUGAGGAACAUCAAUGAUGGGCUGUCCAGCCUCUUUAGUGUGGUGGAACACUCAGGGAGCACCGAGUCUGUGUGGAAACUGGGCAUGUCCGAGGCCCGAACCAAGCCUGAGCCUCCCAAGUAUGGCAUUGUUCAGGAGUUCUUCCGGAACGUGUGUGGCCGGGCCCCGAGCCCCACUACUGCAGCAGGCGAGGAGAGCUCCAAGAAACCAGAGCCCCUUUCGCCAGCCAGCUACCACCAAUCCGAGGGUGUAGCCAGGAUCCUGAAUAAGAAGGCAGCCAAGGCAGGUGGUAGCGAAGAGGUCAGACCCACCAUGCUGUCCCAGCUGGGGAAGGAUGGUGUCCUUCGGGAUGGAGAUGGAUCCUUGAUCCUUCCCAGUGAGGAUGCCGUCUGUGACUGUAGCGCCCAGUCGCUUGCCUCCUGCUUCAUCAGGCCAUCCCGCAAUACCAUCCGGCACUCUCCUUCCAAGUGCAGGCUGCACCCUUCAGAGUCAGGCUGGGGCGGGGAGGAGAGGGCAGCUCCCCAGUGAGUCACAGAGCAACCAAGCUCCUGCCUCAAGCAGCCCAGACCCUGGAGAUGAGGCAAGGGGUCAAGUCCUCAGCCUCAGUCCAUCCAGGAGGAACAGCGGCUGUGCCACUGCCAGAGAAGAGCUUUCACACUAAGGUAAAGCAAGGUGUCUUGCUGACUGCUGGGAAGUGACCUCUGAUUUCCAGGGGAAGGCAGUGAGCGAGGAGAAAGACCAAACCUGGGUGACCAGGACUGGGCCUCAAAAGCACCUGAAGAGCUCAGCAAGUCAGCUCUGGAUCCUAAAGGGGGCCUGGUACCACCUACACCACUUCUUAGAAGGAUCCAGAAAAGGAGGCAUUUCUAGCCAGGCUCCAAGAACAGGGCUGACAGAGAUGCUCCCUACUGACCACAUGUGGAGAAGAAGCCACUGAGAGGAUUCCACUGCUUUGUGUAGUGCCCAGCUUGAGGAUUUCAGAAGAGCUGGGCCUGGGUGUGACCGUCAGUUCUUGCUCCCUCCUCUCUGCCCUGCUGCUCUGGUUGCUAGGCCUUCCUGGAGCAGAGAAGGGGGACAUGAUAGAACAGAAUUCAGGGCCAAGUACACUUGGAAUCCUGGAGCCCUGGAUCCCCCUGCCUGUGCCCCCAUGUGGGGGGGGGGGGGCAGGUAGGAGUAUGUCGGGUUCAGAGUAGGAGGUCCACAGAGCCGACUCCCUUGUCAUAGGGGCAUGAAGGCCCAAGUUUUGUAGGAGACUCCAUGAGAACAGAAAUGGGUAGCAUCCAUCUGACGAAGAGGUAAAUGCCUACAUGCCAUGCCUUGAUCCCUAGGGCCUCUUUCUUGAUAGCAGGGUUAGGUGCCACAGUCCUGCAGCAGGCAGAGAGCAGAAAUGCUCCCUGGGAGAGACUAUUGGUUAGGUCAGACCAGAGAGCACCAAGAGGCCAAGGCACAGCCCAAGAUAAGGGCCUACAUUGUUUAUUUGCCUAGAUUGUUUAUUUGAAUUUUUCAUACUAUAAAUAUUUAAGGUCAUUUACUUUAUUUUAAUAAUUUAACUUACCCCCCUCUCCCCUCUUCAGAGCCUCUAAGGUAAUUUAUUAGUGGCAUCCUUGCCCCUGGCGCAGCGUAGGGCUUGUGACACCAUGGAGCCCCCCGUGUGUCUGAGGCAGCUCAGCACCAGGCUCAGGUCUUCAGGUUUGCCAGCUCGGCAGAGCUGGGGCUCUGCACCUUGUUCCUCCAAUACCACUGGCCAUUUAGUCUCAGAGCGCUACAUUUUCCUCAUCGCCCGGUACUUGGCCCAGCCUCUACAGGUCAGACUGUAAAUGCUUCAGACGAACUGCAGGCCAGAGUGAUGUCAUCACUCCCCAGAUAUCCUCCACGAUCCUUCUUAUCCCUCCCUUCCCUCCACCACCUUUUCUCACGAGUCAAACACAGAUGACUGGAGCUCUGUUCCGAGCACAGCGACUCUUCCACGUUCCCGAAGUAAGAACUCACAGGAAAACAGGAUGGACUUGUAGAAUGUUGUGUAUUGCAGCUUUGCACAUGGAUCUGAGAGUGUCUACCAGCCUGCCAGCCUGUUCACCAGCCCUUCUCUUAGCCUUAUAGCCACUCAUGGCUCCUCAAGCCCAAGCUCUACUGCCUGUCCUUCCUACACCCCUAGAAGUCGCUCGAACCACACCAGUAUAAGUCAGCUGCAGGAUGGGGAGAGCUCACAUGCCUCCCCUCGGUGCCAAGGAACCAACAGUUGUACACAUGUGAUGUGCCGCCCUCCUCUCCCUGGCUGGGGACCCAGACUCAUCCAGGGAUGGAUUGGCUUUUGUGCAGAGGUCCCCUCGGAAAGGCAGAGAGCCAGCUGUAUAGCUGGUUUGUUCCAGGACUAGGGAGAUGCCUCUACACUCCCACCUACCUGUACCCAGGCUGUCUUUUUACAGACACUUGGGCCAGUUACCCAAAGCCCCUCCACCCCAUUCCCUAUGGGCAGUAUAUCAGGGUCAGUGCUUUCCAGCAGCUGUUGACUCAUGCCCAGUAACUUGCGUGGGCAUAGCCAGCAGGCCGGUGGACCAUGGG